AUGCACAACAUGGUGGCUGGGGCAGGAUGGGCCUUGGAGGAGCACAGGAGCACAAAACCACCAGCACCUCCUCUGGCUCCCUCUGGUCCUGAGGAAGAAGCUAGAGCGGAGGAAAAUGACGGCAAAUGUUCAGCUGUUGUCACACCACUGCCUGAACAGCCCAAAACAAAAAAAGAAGUGGCAUCAGAAGCUCUGAUGGCUCCCCCUCUUCCUGAAGAAGAGGCAGAAGAAGAGGCUAAAGAUGCGGAAGAUACAAAGGAGCCACCAGAAACAGCUGAGUAUAGGAGAAGGGUUAUAAAGGACAGGUCAAUCCCAGCUUUUCACGCUGCUGUCUUUCCACCAAGCAGAAAACCAGCAUCCGAAUCUCCUCUGGCUCCACUUGUUCCUGAAGGAGAGGCUGAAGAGGAGGAAUACAAGGACAACUCUCCACCUGUUGUCAGACCAUGGCGUGAAUAUCCCAAGCCAGCCCUGGUAGAAGAGCUUUUGGCCAGCCAGGACUCCUCAGCCCAGGUGAAAAAAGUGGAGUGGCAGGAGAGGAUGCACAGAGGGUGCAGUGUCUGGGAGCUCCUACUGAAAGGCUUAGCUGCCCUUGAGAGGAAGCACUCCCUAUUACAGAGGGAGUUGGGAGCUGUGAGAGAGACACUGGAGCAACCACAGCUUCAGAGGGAUCUGCUGAGAGAUAGAGAAGAGAAGGAGGAGUUUGGCCUGGAACUGCUGAAGGCAGAGCAGUCAGUAGCAGAGCUGACAGGGGCUCAGAGUCAGCUGAGCGCAGAAAUAGCAGAUCUCCAUCUUGCAGCAGUGAAGAUGGGCGGCAUUGGUGGGGCUCUUGCACUGCGUUGUAUGCACCUGAACCAGCAUGUGCUGCAGCUGGAGCAAGAGAAGGAAGUUCCAUCAGCUGAAGUGGACAAGACGGAGAGAACAAAGAUCCCUAUGGCAAAGAAGAUGAACUUGCGUGAAAGAGGAAAUAAAGGGAUCUGUGCAAAGAAGACCUACUUGGAGCAGCUGCUGGAGGAGGCAGAGGAGAAACAGGAGGAGCUGCGGGUGGAUCUGCUGAUCAUGGCUGAUGAGAAGGCAGAAAUCCAAGAGCAACUCCAGAAAGCAGAGGAGAAACAGGAGGAGCUGCGGGUAGAUCUGCUGAUCAUGGCUGAUGAAAAGGCAGAAAUCCAAGAGCAACUCCAGAAAGCAGAGGAGAAACAGGAGGAGCUGCGGGUGGAUCUGCUGAUCAUGGCUGAUGAGAAGGCAGAAAUCCAAGAGCAACUCCAGAAAGCAGAGGAGAAACAGGAGGAGCUGCGGGUGGACCUGAUCAUCAUGGCUGACGAGAAGGCAGAACUCCAAGAGCAACUCCAGGAAACAGAGGAGAAACAGGAGGAGCUCCAGGUGGAUUUGAUGAUGAUGGCGGAGGAGAAGGCAGAAAUGCAAGAGCAAGUCCAUCAGGUCCUGCUAGAAAAGGAGUGUGAGAACAUUAAUUUAUUACACAUGCUCCUGCAGACUCAGGAAGAGCUAUUCCAAACACGGCAGCAGCUAGAGCAGCUCAGGCAGGAGGUGGGAGAGCGUCGAGAGAAUGGGCAGCUACACCUGACUAGCCAGAUCUACACAGGUUCUGCCAUCGAAGCUGCUGCUGCAGCAGCAUUACCUGAAGAAGCCUCCACUCCCCAUCCUGAAAACUCAGGCACAGACAGUUUGUUCAGCAGCACAGACUGGGGGCCAGAGAUGACAGAGGAGGAGAGCCUAAAGCAACUGAGGGGCACUGUGAACGUCGGAGAUCCAAUGAAGAAAUACACUGGAUGGGAAAACAUUGCCCAAGGGGGUUUUGGAACCGUUUAUAAAGCCCUCGAUACCGCCACAGGAGGACAGGUGGCCAUAAAGAAAAUCAAUCUCCUACAACAGCGCACCAGGGAACUGUUGAAAGAGAUCCGGAUCAUGAGGGACAAGAAGAACCCCAAUAUUGUUACCUAUUUAGGCAGCUAUCUUGUCAGUACGGAACUCUGGCUGGUGAUGGAGUACAUGGAUGGACACUCUUUGACUGACGUCAUUACCGAGACCAGGAUGGGUGAAAAACAGAUAGCAGCUGUGUGUAAGGAGUGCCUGCAAGGACUGGCUUUCCUUCACUCCAACAAGGUGAUCCACAGAGACAUCAAAAGCGACAACAUACUCCUGGGCCUGGACGGAUCUGUCAAGCUGGCUGAUUUUGGCCUCUGUGCUCAGCUCACCACUGAGCAGAGUAAACGGAGCUCGAUGGUCGGGACUGUUCAAUGGAUGGCACCAGAGGUUGUGAGAUGCCAACCAUACGGCCCCAAAGUGGACAUCUGGUCACUUGGCAUCGUAGGAAUAGAAAUGGUGGAAGGAGAACCUCCUUACUUUCAGGAGACCACUUUCAUGGCUCGCCACCUGAUAGCCACACGAGGGACACCAAAGCUGCAGAACUCUUGGCUACACUCCUUCCUCUUGUGUCACUUUCUGGACUGCUGCCUGCAGACGGAUGAGGACAAGCGAGACUCUGCCAAGGAACUCCUGCAGCAUCCAUUUUUAAAAUCAGCCGCGCCUCUCUCCUGUCUGGCAUCUCUGAUCAUGGCAGUGAAGCAGUGGAGGAAGUAA